AUGUCUCGCGAGGACGAACUCAUUGCUCAAUAUAGUGACAUUACUGGGGCCAACGUCACAGAGGCUCGUCAGCGAUUAGAGGCUUUCGAGUGGAACUUGGAAGCAGCUAUGGAAGACCACUAUACAGGAGGCAAUGAUUCAGAUGCUGAACCUGAGAUGGAGUUAGGCGAUGAACCAGAAGACAUACCACAACCACCGACACAGGAUGCGAGUGGAAGCUAUCGUUUAGGUGAUGGUCUUUCUACAAGUCAACCUGUCCCUGCUGUCCCUGCCUCUUCGAGCUCAGCCACUAAGCCUAGACCUGCGCCUGCACCAUCGAAACGAUUCGCCACGUUAGGUGAUUUCACAUCAAGUGCCAGAAAAGACUCCGACUCAGACGACGACAACCAAGAUAUGUAUGCUGGAGGUGACAAAUCCGGAUUGGCCGUGAAGAACCCUGGUCGAGACUCGGAGGACUUAAAGAAGAAGAUCAUUGACAAAGCACGGAAAGGAGGCAAAGACCUCGUGGAGGAUGAACCCAAGAAGAAGUCGUUCUUCACAGGCAAUGCUCGGACUCUAGGCGGGGAUGACACACCUUCGCAGGAGAUCCAAGGAGAGGCGGAAGAACAAUCUACAGCGAGAGUCAAGCGGAGCCUUCACUUCUGGCAGGAUGGCUUUAGUAUUGAUGAUGGUGACUUGUUCAGAUUCGACGACCCUGCCAACGCCAAUGUAUUAAGUCAGAUACGAAGUGGCAGAGCUCCUUUACACAUCAUGAAUGUCGCACCCGGCCAGGAGGUUGACGUUCAGGUCGUCCCCCACGAGGAAAAGUAUGUAAAGGCAAAGAAGCAGUACAGAGCCUUCGAAGGUCAGGGACAAAGACUGGGCAGCCCUACUCCAGCAACCUCAUCUUCUGCUCCAAUGCCAGGCUCAUUUACACAGACCACUCCGGCAGCUGCAUCCAGUACUACCACUCAAACCCAAACGAAUCAGGUCGACGAAUCAAAGCCAAUCUUGACAUUACGAAUCAGCUUAGGUACUGGCACUCGAAUGACUGCUCGGUUCAACACGGACCAGACCAUAGGGGACGUCUACGACUAUGCACGAAGGCACGAGACUUCUGGUCGCGAUUUUGUCUUACAGACCACUUUUCCUACGAGGGAAUUCAAAGACCAGUCACAGAUACUGGGAGAUGUUGCUGAGCUCAAGCGUGGAGGGGCUCUGGUGCAGAAGUAUACUUAA